AACCGGGUUUCUGGCGCCGUUGUGUUGGAAAAACAUGGCGCGGCCCUUCCAGUCCUGGAGCCGCCUGGAUCGAGAGCAGGAGCGCGACAUGCGCGAGCUCGUCCGCCAUGUGGCGGGCCUCCAGGACGAGGCGGACCCCAACUUCCAGCUGUCCCUGCACUUCGCCUGGUCCAACUUCAGAUUUCAUCGUUUCUUGGAUGUCAACAGCCACAAAGUAGAAAAGACAAUAGAAGGAAUUUAUGAAAAAUUCAUCAUUCAUUCUGAUCUCAGCAAAGCUGCUAGUUGGAAGAGAUUGACUGGGGAAUUUCUAAAUGCAUCACUUCCAAGCACAAAGGAAGUAAAGACAGAUGCACAUUAUUCCAUACUGUCACUUCUUCUGUGUCUUUCUGAUUCUCCUUCAAACAACAAUUAUGUGGAAACACCAAGAGAGAAAGAAGUGGAAAAGAAAGAUGAUUUUGACUGGGGAAGAUACUUGAUGGAAGGUGAAGAAAUUGACCUUAGUCCGGAUGUAGACACACCGAAUUGGUCUGAAGACAGUGAAAAUGAGGAUGAUCAACAGCCCUUGAGCAGAGAGGACUCUGGGAUUCAAGUGGAUAGGACACCGUUAGAAGAACAAGAUCAAAACAGAAAGCCAGGGCUUCGUGUCCUCUGGAAAGAUGAGCCAGAUGCCCGAAGCUGGCUGGAGCAGCACGUAGUCCAUCAGUACUGGACAGCCCGGUCCUCAAGGUUUCCUCACAGUUUACAUUUGCACUCCAAUUUAGCUGCUGUCUGGGACCAACACCUGUACAGCAGUGACCCGUUAUAUGUUCCAGAUGACAGAGUUUUUGUUACAGAGACACAGGUUAUUCGGGAAACUCUAUGGUUACUUUCAGGGGUAAAAAAGCUCUUUAUAUUUCAGCUGAUAGAUGGGAAGGUAACAGUGAGAAACAAUAUUAUAGUAACUCAUUUGACACAUAGCUGUUUACGGUCAGUGCUGGAGCAGGUAGCUGCCUAUGGCCAGGUUGUGUUCCAACUCCAGGAGUUCAUCGAUGAAGUCACGGGGCACAGCUGCGAGAACACGUUACCUGGAAAUGGUUCUGCCCUUCACACAUUGACCGAGGCUCCCUUCAGAACAUACCAGGCUUUCAUGUGGGCCCUGUACAAAUACUUUAUUAGUUUCAAAGAGGAACUUACAGAAAUUGAGAAGUGUAUCAUCAGUAACGACACUACGAUAACUCUUGCUAUAGUAGUGGACAGGCUGUCACCUCGACUGGCUCAGCUCAAGGUUCUGCACAAAGUCUUCAGCACUGGAGUAGCAGAAGUUCCACCUGACACUCGGAAUGUCGUUCGGGCAUCCCACCUGCUUAACACACUGUACAAGGCCAUUCUUGAAUAUGACAGUGUUGGAGAAGCGUCUGAGCAAACGGUCUCCCUGCUCUUCUCUCUCUGGGUGGAGACGGUGCGGCCCUACCUGCAGACGGUGGAUGAGUGGAUCGCGCACGGGCACCUUUGCGACCGCGCCAGGGAGUUCAUCAUCCAGAGAAACAAAAAUGUUCCAGUAAAUCACAGAGACUUUUGGUAUGCAACUUACACGCUGUACAGUGUAUCAGAGAAGACAGAGAAUGAAGAAAAAGCAAGUGACAAUGCUAGUGCGAGUUCUGGCAGUGACCAGGGGCCCUCCAGCAGACAGCACACCAUGGUGUCCUUCCUCAGGCCUGUCCUAAAGCAGAUCAUAAUGGCUGGCAAGUCUAUGCAGUUGCUGAAGAACCUGCAGGUGGCAGACAGCCCCAUGGGCCAGGCCACGGCCAGAGAUGCAGAAAGAAAAAGCUUGUAUACCCUCUUUCUGGAAUCUGUGCAGUCCCGUCUGCGACACGGAGAAGACCCCACAGUGCAGGUCCUCCCUGAGCAGCAGGCGGCCAGAGAGAACCUGAUUAAGAUGCAGUCCAUCGCUGAAGGGCACCUUGAACUGGACGACAUCCAUGACCCACUGCUGGCAAUCAACUUCUCAAGGUUGUAUUUGGAACAGAGUGACUUUCAUGAGAAGUUUGCUGGUGGAGAUAUACGUAUGGAUAGGUCGUCCGAAUCUGUGACGUGCCAGACUUUUGAAUUAACGCUGAGAUCUUGCCUGUAUCCUCAUAUUGACAAGCAGUAUCUCCAUUGCUGUGGAAACCUCAUGCAAACGCUGAAAAAAGAUUACAGGUUGGUGGAGUACUUGCAGGCCAUGAGGAAUUUCUUCUUAAUGGAAGGUGGAGAUACCAUGUAUGACUUCUACACCUCAAUUUUUGAUAAAAUAAGAGAAAAGGAAACCUGGCAAAAUGUGUCUUUUCUUAACGUCCAGCUCCAAGAAGCAGUAGGACAGCGUUAUCCUGAAGAUAGUUUACGGCCCUUACCGCUUGUCCUUUUGGGGAACAUUUGGGCUUCUGAUCUUUUGCUAUGCACGUAUACAGAAACUUGGAAGUAUGUUUCCAGAAUGCUGGGUGGAAGUUACCCUUACACGUGUGUGUCUUUUACAGAACUGACUGGUACUGCUGAGAAACCACAGCUGAAGGAAGGACUUUUAUGUGAACAGGACGCGGUGGCCCCAUCUGGCCCACAGAAGAAACUGGUGACACAGCAGACUCAUCGUCUGUUCCUCUUAAGAGUGAAGCUCAUGCACUUCGUGAACAGCUUACACAACUACAUUAUGACCAGGAUUCUUCAUAGUACAGGACUGGAGUUUCAGCAUCAAAUCCAGGAAGCCAAGGAUUUAGAUCAAUUGAUUAAAAUUCACUAUAGGUAUUUGUCAACCAUCCAUGAUCGAUGUCUGCUGAGAGAAAAGGUCAGCUUUGUGAAAGAAGCCAUCAUGAAGGUGUUGAACUUGGCUCUCAUGUUUGCGGAUGGCUGGCAGGCAGGCCUGGGGGCAUGGCAGCUGGAGUCUAUAGAGAAAAUGGAGUCUGAUUUUAAAAACUGCCAUAUGUUUCUUGUAACCAUUUUAAACAAAGCUGUCUGUAGAGGAUCCUUUCCCCACUUGGAAUCUCUAGCCCUGUCACUCAUGGCCGGCAUGCAGCAAAGCUGAGUAUCUUCCGUGUAAUCAAGACUCAGACUCAGUCUUCACACACAUGCAUUUCCACAACAUGCCGCUGGGAUGUGGGAAUCAUUUUAUUUUGGUUCAUUUUUAAAACUGUUGUCUACUGUCUAGACAGUGGGUUUGUAGGUAUUUUCUCUGAAGGUCAUUAUAUGUAGGUUUAUGUGUAUAAAAUUGUAUCAACAGUGCAAAGUGUAUAUAGGCUGUUAACACAUUUCCUACUGUAACCUAUGGAUUUACAGUACUGUAUCUUUACAUGUGAACUAUAUCAUUUUUGAAAAUGUAAUUAUUAAUAUUAAAAAUAAGUUAAAACACCUUAAA